AUGCCUAAGCACGGCAAGAAGUCCACGGCAGCACGACUGCCGAAAAGUCGUCUCCCUGUCGGAGCGCACCUGCCUGACAACACCACGCGACCGACAUCGCGAGCGACUAACCGCAGCACCACCGACUCGUCUUUCAUUUCACGCGCCGACACCGCUUCUUCGACCGAGGACGGCAUCACUAUCCUCACCCCACCAACUCCCAAACCGCCCACACCCGCCAAGUCGGUCGCUACCGCCAUGUCGACUUCUGCCUACUCGGACCACGGCGGUGGUGUAGCAUUGUCCACCGCCGAGGCCAAAUUACGCCGCCAGAACGAGCGCAUCCAACAAGCAGAGGCGGCGCUCGCCGCGCCACCUCACUCCAACAACCAGCGCCCCGUGUCACGCGACAAGAACAGCAACAAGCCGGCGCACAAGAAGAUGCCCAUCGGAUGGGACAUUGCUGGCCAACAUCCCGAUGCCGAAGAUAGAGUCCUCGCCACCGCCACCGAGCGCCGCAUCAACACUUUCUACCCCUCCCUGUCGCGUGACACCUCACUCUCGCGCUCCAUCUCUGGCAUCUCCAACAUGGCUGGCACCUACGACAUGGAGCGCCACGAUUCCAUGCUGGUCGACCAAGGCUUCCAGUACCCGCGCCGUGGCAAACCAAGUGCCGACCAGCUCCGCCCGUACGAGGACAAGCCGGAAGUGAAGCAGAAGACUGUCGAGGCCACCAUUGACAAGGACGAGAUACACAAGGUGUUCGGCAUAGAUCUCCCACCACUCGAGUUUCUCCGCAUGAAUCCUGGCUAUAACGAUGCUCAGCUUCAGUUCGUGAUGCACCCGAAUGGCGACGUCGGAGCUCACAUGUGGAGCAUGAAUCGCUACGUGUGGGAGAACAUAGGAAUCUUCUCCAACAUCCGGAAGAAGGUUGAAGGUCAGCUGGGCUCUGAUCGUCUCAAGGGAGAGACGGCGUGGCAGACACUUCAGAAGAACACCCUUGCCUACUUUCGCGCCAUCUCAAAGCAGCGAGAACAGACGACCAUGGGCCAGCCUUUUGGUCAGCAGGAGAUCCAGCAGAUCAUGGGCCCGCCUCCAGAGCAGCCAGCGACCGCCACUAUCGAGAAAGCAGAGUCACCAAAGCCACGCUUCUUCACCACCACUGGCAACCGAGUCGGUGUGCAGGUGGACGCGCAACGCCAGCGGGAAGAGAAUGCGAUCCGACAGCAAGCCAUAGCAAAUACACAUGGUGCUGUGCGAAUACUCCCGCAGCGCGAUCUCCCAGUCGCUGUGCCGGCAGGUCCGCGUUUGUCACAUCCUAAUCAGUAUUCCUACAAUCCACCGCCACGUCCUGAGCUUCGCAACGAGGACCCAUUCACUGUUCCUGUACCACAUCCGACCUACGGUGUCUUCUCGGAGCCUCCACUGUCCGCCCCAGCAGGCAACUUUCAGCCCACCGGAACGGCCCAGACCUUUGGGGGGGCGCGGAAUGAAUAUGUCCCUCCUCACUGGCGCCCGAGCGCAUCACGACCCGCCCGUAUGGCCGGCACUGGUGGUGCCAAUGCUGCUUCUACGACCGCUGCGCCUACAGUCCACCCGUCGAUGCUCCAGCCAUACCUUGCCGGCACGGCCGCCACACCCAUCCAACGUCAGUUGUCACUUGGCAGCGUGGGCACGCCAUCAUGUCCGAAACCAGUGACUCCAAUGCAUUCACGCGAAGCGAUGCGCGAUCAGCUGCGGAAGCUUGGAGAGACUGCGAAGGAGCGUAGCACCAGUCAGAAUGGGCGCACCAUACUAUACGACCCAUUCAGCAGCCUUGGCGACAAGGUAGAUGGAGAGGAACCAUUUCCAGACUUCAAUCAGUCACUGGCUAUCACCGCUCCACAAAAGGACCAGAAUGAGCGAGAGUUUAAGCCUGCGUUCGAUACCAGAUUUGGUGGGUGGCGUGACUCGCAGCCCAUGCUACCUACGCCUCAGCGACGCUUGGCUAGCUUGGGCGACAGUGUGCCUGACACCGACUUUCCGCAGUCAUCAUCCGAGACCCGCGCUACUUCUGGCACAUACAGCGUGCUUCGACCAUCUCAUGCCAGCGAAGAUGUGGGAGCUAUGAAUGUCUUCGCGCCACCUGCAGCCAAAGUCAAGAAACUUUCUCCCGAAGCAGAGCUCAAGGAAUGGUACUUCAGCACAAGCAAGCUCGCCCGCCAAGAAGAGUUCUUCCAGAGCAUCAAGACGCUUUCGCUCAAAUCCGAACCUGACUCACCGAUGUCGACUAGAACUCCAAGCCGCCUCGCUCACAUUGGUGCCAGAUCUGCAAAGGUGUCACCUCGGUCACGCACGACUGCACCCGCCGUCAACGGUAACACCAGCAAAUCACAAGUGCCAUGGGACGAAGGCCUAACGCGAUCCCUGAUUCCCGUCUACGAGAGCUUGGCCGCCUAUGUUGAAGGUCCCAUCGAGAAGCGCCGCGACUACUUCAGCAACUGGUCCAAGCCACCGGAGUGGGCUAUCGACCGCGGCCCCAACGGCAACAACUCCUUCUUUGACAACACCUGGGGUCAACCGCCAGCUAGACUCAGCAGAGACUCGAGAUAUCGAAGCAUCGCCGCUGACUCGCCUCGCUCGAGGUACCCAGGCGGCGGUGGUGGAUACACGACUGGAGGUGUGCCGCUUUCAAGCCUGCCGGCUGUGAGUGGUGGUUUGCCGGGAAUGAGUACUGGCAGGUUUGAGUUUGGUGGUAGUACAUAUUAG